AUGAAGGUCCUCCUAGUGCUAGCUUUGGUGGCGGCGGCCGCUGCCUGGCCCAGCCUUGGCUUUCAGGGAGACGAGGGAGAAAGUUUAUAUGUGGACGGUGUUGCCCGAAUUCGAGACUUGCUCAUCGUUGAAAGCCGAAUCCGUGAUGCCAUUGCUCAUGGUUACAUUGUUGACAGAAGUGGUGAACGCAUCGAUAUCAUGAAUGAAAGUGGCAUCAACGUCCUUGGAGACAUUAUUGAAUCAUCUUUGUACAGCCCUAAUAUCCAGUACUACGGAGCCUUGCACAACACUGCUCACAUUGUACUUGGUCGUCAGGGAGAUCCCCAUGGAAAGUACGAUUUACCCCCAGGCGUGCUGGAACACUUCGAAACUGCCACACGUGAUCCCAGUUUCUUUAGGCUACACAAAUAUAUGGAUAACAUCUUUAAGGAGCACAAGGACUCCCUUCCUCCUUAUACUCAAGAAGAACUCACAUUCGUAGGUGUAAGCGUUGAAAAUUUGUCCGUAAAUGGAGAGCUUGAGACCUACUUUGAAGACUUUGAAUACAAUCUCAUUAAUGCCGUUGACGAUACGGAACAGAUUGAAGAUGUAGAGAUUUCUACUUAUGUGCCUCGACUCAAUCACAAAGAUUUCUCUUACAACAUUGACAUCAACAACAACAAGGGCGAUGAAGCACUGGCAACAGUCCGCAUUUUCGCUUGGCCUCAUCGCGAUAACAAUGGUAUCGAGUAUUCCUUCGAUGAAGGUCGCUGGAAUGCCAUUGAAUUAGAUAAAUUCUGGGUUAAGUUGACACCAGGAACCAACCAUAUUGCCCGUAAGUCUUCUGAGUCUUCGGUUACCGUCCCUGAUGUACCGAGUUUCCAGACUCUCUUCGAUAAGACCAAGGAAGCUUUGGAUGGUGGAGACUUCAGCCUUGAAAACUAUGUGAGUGCCACUGGCAUUCCCAACAGAUUCCUACUUCCCAAGGGUAACGAACAAGGUCUUGAGUUCGACCUUGUCGUAGCAGUGACCGAUGGUACGGCUGACGCAGCAGUGGAUGGCCUUCACGAAAAUACCGAAUUCAAUCACUAUGGUUCCCAUGGCAAGUACCCAGACAAUCGCCCACACGGAUACCCUCUGGAUCGCAAGGUUCCCGACGAGCGUGUAUUCGAAGAUCUUCCCAACUUUAGUCAUAUCCAGGUUAAGAUUUUCAACCAUGGUGAAUAUAUUCAACAUUAA